AAAGCGAAGUGAAUUUAUGGAUGCUGGUCAGGUAUGUUUUCUGUUCUUUUAGAUGCACUUGCAACGGCUUGUCUUAUUGGUUACGAAAUGCGCAGUGUCACAGUCUGACGUGGGUAACACGGCGCCUAUCCGUGUGUUUUGCUUUUCACGUCUUCUUCCUUUCUCGAUGCGACCAUUUAUACUCUACGGACCUCUCGCGCUUUAUGGAAACCGAGGCUGAGCGUCCUGUCGUGGUCAUGUUGCCUCCCAAGAACUGCCUCCCGAGAAACUACAGCUGUAUAGCUGGGCUGUUCGGGAGCUUGGCAGCAGAGCCGAAACAAGAAGACGGUGUAGACGGAAUGGAGCUGAACGGAACAUGCGAACCCAUUGAGAUGCAUGUGGUAGAUGAGAGACCAAGAGGACGGGAAUCCUUCCUCAAACCCCCUCAGAGUCCAAACCUGCGUCGGAGGUGCAAGUCUCUGCCAACCCCCAUAGAAAGAGCGAAGCUCGAAAUCUCCCGUAGCCGGAGUCCUUGCAGCCAGAAAAAAGUCCGUUUCGCCGAUUCUCUGGGCCUGGAGCUCACAUCCGUAAAGCACUUCGAUGACACAGUUAUGCCCAAUGUGCCGGAGCGCAUAACGGCCAGAUUCGACCGGGGUCCUCUGCACCUAAACCCAUUCGACAAGUUCCCCCGGGCACCGACCACCCAAUCCACUUUUAUGGAGCUGCAAUUUUCGAACCCCGGGACCCUACCAGGCUUUAAUCAGAAAGUGAAAGAAGUGAAAGUGUUGUUGGAGUGUGCGGAAGCCGAUGAGUUUAGUCUAUCUGGCGUUGUGCGUGUUUUGAACCUGGCUUUCGAGAAAAGUGUCUAUUUGAGGUUCUCAAUCAACAACUGGAUAACCUUCAUGGACAGUCUGGCAUCAUAUGUCCCUGAAUCAAGCGACGGUGUUACAGACAAAUUCUCCUUUAAGAUAAUUACCCCGACGACGUUUCUGGAGAGCGGAGGCACAUUCCAAUUCGCCAUUAGAUACUGCGUUGGUGGAGAUGAAUAUUGGGACAAUAAUAACGGAGAGAACUAUAAAGUACGACGCCACAGGUUUAAGAUUUCACCACCCCGUGAGUGGGAGGAUGGCUGGAUUCACUUUAUCUAACUUGUACUUUGGCGUUCUCACCAGCGAACUGUGUGCGUAAAUCGCUCGAUUUCUACAGGAACCGGUUAACCUUAAUGAAGAGAAUGACAUUGACAUGGAAUAUGUUUGUAGAGCCUUGUGCCCUUUGAUAGGCCCUGAUCGUGAACAUACUCUUACGUAAUGCAUGGGCACGUGCCAUUUGAAACGUGCCCGGAAUAUUCCCCUUUUACGCAUCAUUGCCCCUCUCCAAGACGCUGCAUUGCUCGAUUUAUUCAUCCUCACUUUUCAUCCGAGGCCUGUACCGAAUGGGGAAGAUCGAAGGUUUUCAGACACCUAAAUAUGUUUGCUGCUUCAAGAAAGGAAAUACAUCAAAUUGCCAUGUCAUUUGUUUUAACAUUAGCUAUUUUAAUUCUCUUUUUCUAUGCCUUAAGUCGACCAUUACAAAUAACGGGGAACCGCUCCUGUAUACCCUGAUCGAUAUUGGUUUAUUCAGUUUUAUAAUGACUAUAUCAGUGUUGGGGAAAUAAUUUAGUUCUCUCUGGCGCAGCUUAACAAGGGGAUGUUUGACAACGGAAAUCAACCUGCAAGUCUUAUUUGCUGGCUAUGAAUGCAUUACAACACAGUAUCAGUGAACUUGAUGAAAGUGUAGCCCUAAAAAGUCAUAAAAAUCCCUAAAAAGCCAAGUAGAAUUCUCUGGUAUGUCCCCUAAACAAGUAAUAUAAUGUGUAGCUACAACUCUACCACUCUCAAAUGCCAAAGUGUGCAUAAAUUAUAUCUUAGUCAGUUUUCAACUAGAGGGCAUGUAGGUAUUGUAUAUUUGACAAAGAAAAACAAUUGUACAGAAUAUUUUGUACAGGAUAUUAUAUUUUAUCUUCAGUCCAGCACUACUAAUCACAUAUCUGAUUAACUCAGUAGGCAUUACUGUUUAUAUUUUACAACAUUCCUGCUGUGGCACUCUGGCAACCAGUCAUAAUAAUUACCUAAGUAUCAUGUUGUAAAAAAUAUUUGAGGAGUUUCUAUGGCACCAAGAUCUUUCUGCAGUCAUGAUUACUCCAUCCCCCAUGCAGCACCUCUACUUUAUCAAGGUUGAGCUUUAAAUGAAAAACCCACAUGGACAUUUCUCAAUUAUAAUUGUCUACACAGAUACCGUACUGACAUUUCUGUUAUACCUUCGGACCUAAGUGUUUGUGUUCCUUGUUGGACUUGAAAUUCAACUGUUUCUCUUGAAAAGGAUGCAUUUACCUCAGAUCGUUUUUACUGUCGUUUGCAGACCUCACGAUCUUCCAAUAAAUCCAGGUUUUUCUCUUUUUAUUCAGGUAAAAAAUAAUGUAAAACAUACAUUUUUACUAUACUGUAGAUCCAAAAUAGAGACACUCAUGGCAUUAUCAAAACUCAUCCAGUCCAGUGAAACCAUAGUGUUUGAUAAUUGUUGUUUUUUUGUAAAUAACUGUUCCAGUGUGUAGUGUUAUAUUUAAUGUACAGUAGUUGUCACACUUGUAAUGAUAUAAUCUACACUGCUUCUGCUGAUUUCAAAUUUGCAAUGUUAGACUUGACUAACAGUUUCCUAUAGAAAAGAGCAGUGUUUGAAUGCUAGAACAGUAUAUUGUACACCUAAUGCAAUUGAACUGAACUCCUCUACGGACACAUUGGCAUCAUACUGUAGAGGGCUCAAUUAGAUGGAGAACAAAUUAUACUAUGGGAUGUAAACUUCACACACAAAAGUCCACACACACAACGUUUGUCUAUAUGUACUGUAUAGCAUGUUUUAAUGUUAGUUUUUAUUUAUUUGAGUUAUCAUUUGUGGACAUUUUCUAUGUGAUAAAAGUUUGGAAUGUAUCAAUAUUCUAUUUUGUUUAGGAAGCUUAAAUUAGUUUGAGUGCAGUUCUGAGAAUAAUAAUAUUUAUUUAUAGAAUAGUUAUUUACUGUAAAGUCAACAUCAUUGAGUGUUGAUCCAGUAUCUGGAGGGGGCCUAGCCAAGCUAUUCUGCCCCCAAAAUUGAAAAUGGUAAAAACACCACUAAGCAUUUCAAAAUGACUAUUUAUCACAGAUAUUUGUGUUAUCAGAGUUUCUAGAAUUGGCCUUUAAUCUCUAUGACAAAUCUAUAGAGUGUGGUUGGACCAAAAGAAAUUCACUUAGGUCCCACAUCCGCCAUUUUCUAUGCAGUACAUAGUCCCCCCAUUUUAGGGGACCAAAAGUAAUUGGACAAAAUAUAGAAUUAAUAUUUAGUACCGGGUUUCAAAUCCUUUGUAUUUAAUGCCUGCCUGAAGUCUGCGAUCCAUAGACAUCACUAGGCUUUGGGUGUCUUUCCUGGUCACACAUCUACCAGGCAGAUAAUGUAGCCGUCCUCAGUUCCUCUUUUAAUUUGGGGCAUUUUUGCCUUCAGCAGGUGAAACACAUGCGCAGUUAUGUUCAGGCUGGUUGAUUGACUUGGUCCAUCAAGGACAUUCCAUUUUAAGGCCCGAAAUAACCCCUUGUCUGCAUUGCAAUAUGCGGUUGGGGUCAUUGUUCUGCGGCAAGGUGAAAUGCCAUCCAAUGAGUUUUGAGGCAUGUAGUUGAAUCUGAGCAAACAAUAUGUUUCUGUAAAUUUCAGAAUUCAUCCUGCUGCUUUCAGCAAUUACAUCAUCAGUAAGGACAAGUGGUAACCAUACUUGCCCAAACAUAAAACCCCCUCCAUCUUAUUUUGCAGAUCAGUUCGUAUGUCAGUUUUUUUAAAACCCAAAACAUACCUUUUGCCACCACUCUGGUACAGAUUAGUAUUUUUCAAAUCUGUACACAAUACCUUAUCCAGAACUCUCCAGAGUCUUUUAGGUACUUUUUAGGCCAUCCUGUUUUUGUGGCUAAUUAGUAUUUUUGCACCUUGCAAUCCAGCUUCUGUAGUUUGUCUGGUUAAGUCUCCUGUGAAUGGUAGUUGCUGACACAUCCAUGGGUAUCUCUUGGCGAGUGUUCCUUAUAUUAAAGAGUUCUUUGUUUUGUUUUUCAUUAUGGUGAGCCACAAUUAAAUGGUUAUUUGGUAAUCCACUGUGGAGGUUUUGAUGUACAAGUUCAUUUGCCAUUGAUGAGCUAACCAGUGCUUUCUUUCUUCAUCUUAAUGUACCAGUAGAUUUUGGCAUACCUACUAUUUUGGCUAUGUCCUAUUUUGUGUCUUACAGUAGUGAGUGCAAACAUUUACAUAUGGCUUUUAGGGUAAGAAUGAAGGGCUUCCAGAUAGUUAUGUUCUAGGUUUUGUCAAAACAAUGUGAUUUGUCAAAACAAAUUAAGAAUAUAUUAUAAUUCCAUGAACAUGUUCAUAUAUCUUUGUAAUAUGUGUCACAUAUCAAAAGCCUUUCAGCUAUGAUUCUGUCAGCUACAUAAUAACAUUUAAAACAUUGAAUGGCAAGCAGUGGGUUGUUACAUGGUGUACACACCUUUUUAUAUGAUUAUUUUCAAUUGUCCAAAUCAAAGUUAAAGUAUGAUUAGCAUUUUACGUUAUAUAAUUGGUUUUGUGAUCAUUGGAUAAAAGCUUGAAAGAUGAAAUGGCCAUAAAUGUAAUUUUGUUGUAGACAAGAAUUGUAUAUAUGACUAUAUUAUCAAUAAUUGGUUACCCAAUUAUGAACUGAAAAGAGAAAUUGAAAAUACUGUAGCAAUUAAAUCCAAAUAGGAUGUAAACAUGCCAAAAUACAUGCAAGUCCCAGGAAUAUUCCAUAGGUUGUAUAUAAAGUGUAUCUGCAGAGGGUUCCAUUGCCUU